GGUACGUACCGUACAUUUUCUAUAUAAUAAUUUUUAAGAGAUUUUUUCACGAUCGAUACUAGGAAUAAAUAAACAGCGAUUGAAUACAGUAUCAUUGAUAAAUCAACGGUUGAAGUAAAAGUAAAGCUGAAAACAAGGGUAAACAGAUACAGUAUCACAGGCGAUUGCGAGAAUAUAAAGUGUUCCGAUCAAAAGUCAAGACAAAGCACGAAAACAGCAACUGAUUUAUAAAUAAAAAUGGUAUCAAUUGACGGAAUUGAUGUCAAGUUAGAGCCAAUUGAUGUCGAUGACUUAGAAAUCGUCAUGUCAAACAGACGAGCCGGUUCAUUAUCUUUCAAAAAUGCACCAAAUAUACAGUCAUUGUUAACAAUGAGCAAUGAAUUGCGAGCUCAAGAGCGUUCAUUGUCCCCUCAACGCUUGAUGAAUACAAAACAUUGGAUGGAAGAAGUGAGCGAUUUAACCGCACUUCUAGUACGUCAAACACACGAAACGUUGGAGCAUAUUAAAAAUGAUUUUACCAAAAAGAACAUAAAAUUCAACAAUGAAUUUCGAAAUCAUUUCUUUUACAUUGUCAACAAUCGAUUGAGAGAAGCAUAUGACUCAUUCUUGAUUGAAUUGCCACGAGAAAUGAGGUCUGAAGAAAUGGUUGUCCAUAAGCCGCCCACAAUAGUGCUAAAAGCCCGAUCUGACACACACAAAGAUAAAGCAUUAAAUCCGCCAUCGAAACGACAACGCAUCGACAAUGAGACAAUGAAUGAAAGUGUUCGCAUUACAAAGAAUGUAACAAACACAAAUCCAAAAAUUGAUAAAACACAAAUAAUCGAGCAGAAAAUGGUGUCGAAAGUAAUGCAAACAUCGACAUCAGUAACGAAAACCUCGACAAAUUCAAUGACCCAAUGUAAUCGAUACAGCAUAUCGAAUAAGUUUGCGAAUCUACGAUCUGUUGACGAAAUCCAAAAGUCACAACAAUUGAAUCGAAGUUUGGAGAAGGCAAAAAGUAAUUUGGAAGAGGCAAAUAAGCGUUUGAUUUUGGUUGAAACGAACAAAUCAAUGUCUGGAAUACAGCGACGAAAAUCGGUUGGUGCCCCUCUGAUGUAUGGUAACACGAAUCAACCCAUCAAAUGUAUGACCAUUUCAGUAAAGCAAACGGCAAAUAAAUGUCAAAACAAUGAUAUAGCGACCAAAAUCCAGCCGAACAAAGUUGUGGCACGAAGAAAAACGUUCGCCGUUAAAGAUUUGGUGACAAACAACAAAAAACCGAACAACGAUAAUGGGAAAAAACCACAAAAACAGACGAUCAAAUUGGCCGUAUCGCCAGUGAAAGAAAUGGCUUCGGUGUCAGUGAAGAAAGAUACGGCUCCAUUGUCAAACGGUGUUUACAAUACCAGAAGUCGUCGCAGUAAUCGUAAAAGUUUUGGAGGCGCUUUCACUUGUGAUGAAUGCGACUAUUCCAGCGAUGUUCGAACCAAUUUACAGCGUCACAUGCGAAAUCAUACCGGUGAACGGCCUUUCAAGUGCAAGCAUUGUGCGAAAGAUUUUCUACAAAAGGUGAACCUUAAGUCACACAUGAAAGCUAACCACCACGAACAUCAUUUCGAUCCAGCGUAUUGGAAAGCAGUUGAAUAACAUUUACAUGACUUUUUUUCCCAUUUGGAAACCAGACUUGUAAGAAAUGUUAGACAUAAUUCAUUUUUUUUUUAUAGAAUUGAUUCAUUUUUAUUAUGCCUCUCAUUUUGGAGAAAUUUAUAUGGAACCGACACCACCGAAACAUUUUAUUCAGACAUUUUUGAUAUAGCUAAUUUUUAUUUGUAACUUUUUCAUAUUUUAAUGGAUAAUCCAGUACAAUUUACGAUUUUUACACUUGAAAGGGAUAAUUAAUUCUGAUUUUUUCCAAAUUUGAAGGAAUUUUUUUAAAAAUUGAUUUGUUAAUUUUGAAAGAAAUUAAAAUCCAAAAUUAAAUAAAGACAAAACAAGCAAAGGCAAAUAGUAUGGUUAUUUUAUUGCUGACGAUGAUCAGCAUCGUCUAUUCACUUUAUUGGUAUUUCAUUUUUUGCAUAUUUUGUGUUUGAAAAUUUCUAUAGAAAACAUUCAAUCUAUAUUUUUACGGUAUUUUAUCUUAUAGCUUGAAGAGUGUCAAACAAUAAGAACAUUAAUUGAAAGGAAUCACUAAUGAAAUCCGAAAAAAAAA